GCAACUCUAAGUGAGCAGCAAUACAACUUUCGAAGCCAUCCAGCUCAACUAGGCACGAUUUUAACCAAUUCAAACAUUUUUACCAAAUAUUUUCCCACUUACUCGACAAAUAUGGCCAAAUUCAUCCUAUUCGCCGCCUUAUGUAUUUUGAGUGCCGCUGUCUCCAAAGCUGCUUUCAACAAAGAAGAGGCUAUAAAAAAUUUUAUGACUAGAGCGGAGGAGUGCCGUGGCGAAGUGGGCGCCGCUGACUCUGACAUUCAGGACAUAGUCGCAAAAGUUCCAGCGACCAGUAAGGAAGGCAAAUGCUUGCGCUCCUGUUUGAUGAAAAAAUACGGCGCGAUGGAUAGCAAUGGCAAGUUUGUCAAGUCGGUCGCCGAUCAGCAUGCACAGGACUUCACUGACGGCGAUGCGGAUAAAUUGAAGACAGCUCGUGAAAUCAUCGACGCUUGCGCCGAUAUUGCAGUACCAGAUGAUCAUUGCGAGGCAACUGAAGUGUAUGGCAAAUGUUUUAUGGAACAAGCGAAGGCUCACGGUCUUCAAAAAUUUGACUUUUAAAUAGUCGCCUCAAAGGUUUGAAGUUUGAAGAUGCAACUCGAGAACGUUAAAUUUGAUCACCGACCUAUUUAUGAUUUAGAUGUUAACAUUUUUUAGAUAUGUGUACAUGUGUGUAUUUUGUGCUUAUUUGUUUUUAAUUUUUGUUUAUUAAAGCAA